GCAAGGUUUAAUUAUAAAUAAGUUUAGUACCUAUCUGAACAAGGCACAGUUCAUGAAGCCUCCUCUAUAAUUAGUUAGAGCUGCUGUGAUGCAAAAGUUGCAGAGCAAUUAACACCAAACAUCACCCACGAGAAUAAUGGCGGGAAAACUUGGCGCCAUUUUCCCGAGAAUCUUCCCUCAAUUUAAUCCCCACUCCGCUCUGUAUCCAGUAUCAAUUUACAUUUCCACUCGAAACCCUUAUCGCAAAAUAUCCUUCUUGACUGCGCUGAGUAUGGCGGAAAACCCUAACCGAACCCCUGAAAUCGAGGAGCCCACCCCGAAAAUUCAAAAGACACACCAGAACGGCGUCGCCGGAAGUAUAACUCACGAUGCCACUCCAUUUUUACGGUUGAAGAAGCUGUCGGAGAAAGCUACUCUGCCUUCUAGGGCCUCCCCUUUUUCCGCCGGCUACGAUCUCUCCAGUGCGGUGGAGACGAAAGUUCCGGCCAGAGGCAAAGCGUUGGUGCCGACAGAUCUCAGCAUCGCCGUCCCUGAAGGAACCUACGCUCGUAUCGCGCCGAGAUCUGGGUUGGCAUGGAAGCACUCAAUUGACGUCGGAGCAGGGGUGGUUGAUGCUGAUUACAGAGGCCCGGUUGGUGUGAUUCUGUUCAACCAUUCCGAUGUCGAUUUCGAAGUGAAGACCGGAGAUCGAAUCGCACAGUUGAUUAUCGAGAAGAUUGUUACGCCGGACGUCACUGAAGUUGAUGAUCUUGAUUCAACUGUAAGAGGCUCCGGUGGUUUCGGUUCUACCGGUGUUUGAUUUUAUCCUCGAAAUCUUUUUCAAAAGGUUCUCAAAAUAUUAUGCUUUUUAGUUUGGUUAAGAUUAUGUUGUUCAAGGGGGUUUUAGCAUUUUCAAGAAGACUUUUCUUUCGGGCAUUUUGUCGAACACCUUCGAUAUGUAGUAGCUAUUCCCCUUGUAUUAUGUAUAUGCAUCUUGUGAAGCAACUUCAAAUAUAACCCUACUUUGAGUCUAUUAAUCUAAAUUAUAUUUUCUUUUUAA